AGAUGUGACCCCUGCCCAGAUGCCCUGAAAUUGAAAAUAAAAAUUUUCAUUGGUCUGGCCAAUAGUAUAAGAAACAUUCAACUCGGCCCUCGCUCCUUGCUCUUUCCUUCUUUUUGGCCUGAAAAGUAAUCCACUCCUCAUCUCUUGAUUAAACAUGUCUGCCGAUAACAAGACCAACAAGUUCCUUAUGGACUUCAUGGCUGGUGGUGUCUCCGCCGCUGUCUCCAAGACUGCUGCCGCUCCCAUCGAGCGUGUCAAGCUUCUCGUCCAGAACCAGGAUGAGAUGAUCAAGCAAGGUCGUCUUUCCCACCCCUACAAGGGUAUUGGCGACUGCUUCGCCCGUACCAUCAAGGAUGAGGGUAUGUACUCCAUGUGGAGAGGUAACUUGGCCAACGUCAUCCGUUACUUCCCUACCCAGGCCUUGAACUUCGCUUUCAAGGAUAAGUUCAAGCGCAUGUUCAACAAGGACAAGAACAGAGAUGGUUACUGGCAAUGGUUCGCCGGUAACUUGGCCUCCGGUGGUGCCGCUGGUGCCUCCUCCCUCUUCUUCGUCUACUCUCUUGACUAUGCUCGUACUCGUCUUGCUAACGAUGCCAAGUCUGCCAAGAAGGGUGGUGAGCGUCAAUUCAACGGUCUCGUCGAUGUCUACCGUAAGACCCUCGCUUCCGAUGGUGUUGCCGGUCUCUACCGUGGUUUCAACAUCUCUUGUGUUGGUAUCAUCGUCUACCGUGGUCUCUACUUCGGUAUGUACGAUUCCCUCAAGCCCGCUCUUCCCGUUCAGUACAAGGAUAACUUCUUGGUUAACUUCGCUCUUGGUUGGGCUGUUACCACUGGUGCUGGUCUUGCUUCCUACCCCAUUGACACUGUCCGUCGUCGUAUGAUGAUGACUUCCGGUGCCGCCGUCAAGUAUGACUCCUCCCUCCACUGCUUCCGUGAGGUCAUCAAGAACGAGGGUUACAAGUCUCUCUUCAAGGGUGCUGGUGCUAACAUUCUCCGUGCCAUCGCUGGUGCUGGUGUCCUUUCUGGAUACGAUCAGCUCCAGAUCCUCAUGUUCGGAACCAAGUACUAAAUUAUUUAGUACUAUGUUGAUGGAGAGACACCCCCUUCAAAAGCCCAAAAAAUAUCAUAUUUUGUCAC